UCCCCCACGAUGUCCAGUGACAGGCAGAGGUCAGACGACGAGAGUCCGAGUACCAGCAGUGGUAGCUCAGAUGCUGAUCAGAGGGAUCCCCCAGCACCUGAACCUGAAGAGCAGGAAGAAAGAAAACCUUCUGCAACCCAGCAGAAGAAAAACACCAAACUAUCCAGCAAAACUACUGCUAAGCUAUCUACUAGUGCUAAAAGAAUCCAGAAGGAGCUAGCUGAAAUAACCCUCGAUCCUCCCCCUAACUGCAGUGCUGGUCCUAAAGGAGAUAACAUUUAUGAAUGGAGAUCUACUAUACUCGGACCUCCAGGUUCUGUAUAUGAAGGAGGUGUUUUUUUCCUGGAUAUCACAUUUUCAUCUGACUAUCCAUUCAAACCACCAAAGGUUACUUUCCGUACCAGAAUUUAUCACUGCAACAUCAACAGUCAGGGAGUCAUCUGUCUGGAUAUUCUGAAAGACAACUGGAGCCCUGCUCUGACUAUUUCAAAGGUUCUGCUGUCUAUUUGUUCUCUUUUGACAGACUGCAACCCUGCUGAUCCUCUGGUCGGAAGCAUAGCCACUCAGUAUCUGACCAACAGAGCAGAACAUGACAGGAUAGCCAGACAGUGGACCAAGAGAUAUGCAACAUAAAUGACAAACUACUUGUGCAGUGUGAAGGUGCAGAAGGCAACUUUACAGUGUGCAACAGAUCUUUAUAGCCUUUACAAUACGGACUUCUGUGUAUAUGUUAUACUGAUUCUACUCUGCUUUUAUCCUUUUGAAGACUGGGAUACUGCCCCCCCAAAAAGGUAAAUGCUGUCGAGAGUAGAAAUUUGUAGCUGUAGAUUAGUUAUGUUUAAAAUGCCUACUUGCAAGUCUUGCUUCUUUGGGAUAUCAAAAUGUAUUUUGUGAUGUACUAAGGAUACUGUUCCUGAAGUCAACCAAAUAUUAUAGUGCAUUUUAGCCUAAUUCAUUAUCUGUAUGAAGUUAUUAAAGGUAGCUGUAGAUUACUAGGAAUUAUGUCAUUUGUAUUAAACCCAGAUCUCUUUCCAAUAUGUGGUACAUGCUGUUGUGAAAACUGUUUUAACUUUUACCUUUGUCAGUUUGUAAUGAAAGGAUUUCCUUUUUCCCUUUGUAGCUCAGAGAGCACCCAGUGUAUCAUCUCAAACACAAUAAACAUGUUCCCCAA